UAUUUAUCUCUCACAAAUAAUUAGUAGUUGAUAGCUUUUUGAGUAUUCAUGUAAAAUGUGUUAACAAGAUAAAAUGUCGAAGAAAGUCGUAAUUGCUAUUUCCGUAGUGUUCAGUGUUGUAGUUCUUGCUGGACUGGGUGUUCUAAUAUGGUGGCUAGUUUCAGAUUCAGAUUCGAAUGAAAUUGUUACAAUUAUUCUUGAAGGUGAGGGAUUCGAAAAUGUUACAUAUACUGCCGCAUUUACAAGAAUUCCGGCAACAGGCGAGAUAUUCUGGUGGUUCUUCCCCUCAAAAGCGGGUGUCAGUAAGCCGAUCCUUCUAUUUUUGGGGAGUAUUACUGGUCUACCUCACAGUUUUCUGCUUAACUUUGGAGAAAUCGGGCCUCUGGACUUCGAUUUAAACGCGAGAAACGACUCAUUGGUGAAUGAUUACAGCCUGCUAUUUGUAGAUAGCAUCGUGGGCACAGGCUAUAGUAAAUCAGAAGAUACACAAGACAGCAUCAAUGUGGAUAAAUUAGUGGACAAUUUAGUUCAGGUACUUCAGUCAUUUUAUAACAUAAACGGAAAUUACAGCGAUGCACCUCUAUAUAUAUAUGAGCAAGGUGAUGGUUCCCAUUUAGCAGUUCCUUUAACAAUUCGUUUGACAAACGAUGAAAAUUAUAAAAACAAGCUAAAAGGCUUAUUUUUGGGUAACCCCAUCAUUGCACCAGCACUUGUUCUAACAAAAUUAGGAUUUUAUUUAGAGGAACUCGCUAUGAUUGAUGGAGACGGUAGAAUUGUAACCGAAGAGUUUUCGAACUCAGUGAACUCUUUAGUUUCUGAACAGAAGUUAGAAGAGGCAUUCGAUCAAUUCAUAACCUUGGGAUCAGUCAUUAACAAUAACGCCGGAAGCAUUGCCGCGAAUUUAGGUCGUAUUGUAGAGAAGUUGACUCCUGAAUCUGAACGAGAUUAUUUUGGUCAAAAUUUAUAUUACGAAAGAGUAGUGCCCUCUAAUAUUGAUAUGAAAAGAUUUAUGGAAACUGUCAUAGCGCCAUCUCUUGGAAUAUCAGGAAAUGUAAAUUAUGAUGAGAGCCGGAACUCUACUUUAUAUGCCCUAAGAUCUAUUUACAUGGAAAACUACGUUGAUAAAGUGGAGCAAAUUUUAAACUCAACGAGCGUCACGGUAACAAUAUUUAACGGAAAUCUUGACGCAGUAGCAAAUACACCAGGGCAACUGGAAUGGAUAAAUAAUUUAAAAUGGCCUGGCAAUACUGAGUUCACUCAAGCGGCGAGACAAACGCUCAUUAUCAACAAACAAAUUGAAGGUUACUUCCGUGAAUCCAGCCGCCUUAAUUUUUACUGGAUUAACGUUGCUGGACAAUCUACACUCUUGGAUAAUCCUGUUGCAACUAAGAAAAUGCUAAAAAGGAUAACUCGACUAUCGUAAUUUUUUACUUUCAAAUUUCCAAACAAGAAACUAAAAAAGAAAAAAGUGGAACAUCUAAACAAAAAAUUAUGCAUUUUUUAUAUUUUCACUCUUUUUUACCUAACUAAAACUCA